AUGUUGGGAGGUAUUUCAAUGUAUGAGAGCCUCACCAGCCUUGUCCAGGAGGAAUCGAUCACUGUUACAGCUCAAGACAUCGACCGAUUAGGCCUGUCUGCUCCACAGGGAUUUGAAACCCCAAACAUUCAAGUCACGGAUGCCGAUAUCGAGAGGCUCGGAUUGAAAGCACCGGCAGGGUUCAAUGUCCCCGCCAUCAAUGUCACCAAGGAUGAUAUUGAGAGACUCGGGUUGAGUGUACCCACAGCUGCAGCAGGCGGGUACGGUGGAAACAUCCAGGUCACUCCCGAGGACGUAGAACGAUACGGGCUGGUUGCGCCGAGCGGGUUCGAAGACGUUCAUGAACCUGUGACGGCGGAAGAUGUUGAUCGCUAUGGGUUGCUUGCGCCGUCUGGUUCGCGCCAACGUGACGCUAUCGAUGUCACCGACGAUGAUGUGAACAAAUACGGCUUGAAGUUGGAUCCUGUAACAGACGACGACAUCAAGUCAAUGGGCGUUGCACCUAUAGCCGUCACUGACGAUGAUAUUGAUCAUUUGGGGUUGAAUUUGUCGAAAGUCACGAACCAGGACAAAUCAGACUUGGGCUUGCUUGGAACCACGUACAGGCUGACAGCCGAUGAAGCUGCAGCUCUGGGGCUCAGUGGACCAAUCACCCUCACGGCAGAAGAGGCGGUGAAGUUAGGACUCAAUGUGCCUUCGGUGACUGAAGGAGACUUGGACAAGUACGGGUUGAGAGAUCCUAAGGGGUGGAACGCAACGGAGCAUGCGGAAUGA